ACGUCAUUGUUUACAUCCUGCCCCGAGACAGGUCUUGACGUGGCUGGAACGUGUGCCGGCAAUACACUCAAGAAACUAGUAAUUAAACGAUAUUCAUUAGCUGAGAGAGGGUUUAGGAUAGUGCCAUGGCAAAAUCCAUCUCAUUAAAACCCAAACGUGAACUGUUAAACCCCAAUUUUGAUGGAUAUAAGCUGUCACUAGAUGGAGAUGUUACUGUAUACUCACAAAAUGUUAAUGAAGCCUUGGAGCCCAAGAAGAGCAACACCAGCUGCUAUCUCCGCACACGAAUAGAAGCCUUGCACAACCAUCUCUUCAAGGAUCCUUUUCAUGUUAACCAUAUUUAUUACUUCACCAGCAGAGGUCAUCUUAUCAAGCAUCAGUACUCAAAGGAUUCGAAGCUCAGCAGUAGUGAAGUGGUAUGGCAGGCUGAUAUGUCUGAGUUAAGUGAAGAGGAGGCUGAAGGGGAUAGGUAUUUUGCAAGUCUUCACUUCCCCUCCGAAGAUCUGGCUGUUGUUACAAAUGGAAGAGGAAGUUUGCACAUAUUAGAAACAGGCGAUAGAACCACUACACAGAGCUGGCUGGAAUGCCUUCAAACAAACACGGAACGAGGGGUUAUCAUGCAGUCGUACAUAGCAGAUGGAGAUGACUACCAACGCCACCUCCACUGCCUCGUAGUAUCAGUGACAACACAGCAGGAACUGAUCAGUAAUGAGCAGUAUGUCAUUGUGGAUGAAGGACUGAAGAAUGCAAAGGAUGUUGCUGUUCAUCUCCUCAAUUGGCUUGUCAUCACAUAUAAUGGUGCAACUUGGGAACCAGGACGAGUGAGAAGGCUGGCAGGAAGAGGCACCAUAGAAUACUGCUCCUUUGACACCACAGCAUCAGGCCUCAUCAUUUUGUGCCACAGCAACUAUUCUUUUGUGGAAGAUUCAGCAAGUCCCAUCUCAGCACCCAAGCCGAAGGAGAAAGUGGAGGAAAAGAAGAUGCCAAAAUAUACAUACAUGCAGAAUGACGAGGACCUUAUUGUAUACUUGAAUGUUGGGCAAAUCACAAGGGAAGACCUGAAGGUGAAAGUCCAACCAAAGGAGCUCUGUGUCAAGAUCAAGGAUUCGACAGUUCUCGAAGGACAUUUCACUGACCUGGUUUCAGCAGACAUGGUCACUUGGACAAUAAGGGAGACUAUGCUAGAGUUAACAUUACCCAAGGCCUCAGAAGGGGUUAGAUGGAAGCAGCUCCUGGAAGGUGAUGAUGUGAGUGGAGAGGAAGUGUGUGAUCCGCAGUUAAUUGAAGAGGUCAAUCAAAGACUUGCACACCUUACAUCUGAUAAAUUGGACGACAACCCAGACCUUGACAAGCCGGCUUACAACCCAGAGCAGUUGGAGGCUUGCGAUGAAGCCCAGGAAGACUUGCUCCUCCUCCACUUAGACGGGAGCACACAUAAAACAGAUUCUCUCGGCCAACUGGGAGCAACACAGCACCUCUUCAAUUCUCAGGUUCAAGGCUCAGCUAUCCCUGCCUUCUGCAUUCGAAGUGAUGUUGAUGGCAUUCUAUGGUUACCAGAGAAGGACAGUUAUACCCAUGUUGCAACUUUCAAUGCUUUUGGCUAUGUGAAAGCCUCAAAAACAAUGGCUAAAUUUACCUGUGCUUCUGCUGACAACUCCUAUGUGGCCAUUGCAGAUGUGAAGAGCCACAUUUACGUGUUCUUCCAGUCGGAAGCAUAUAGUGGCGAACUACGGAAUCGCAAAUCGGGCAAGAGAAUGAAUACUGUAGCACGGCAGCUGGUGAUCUCAAUGAAGACUCAUGAUGAGAUACUAGGGCUACACUGUGAUACUGAUGUUCUCUUCGUGCUAACAGAGAAGACUCUGUAUGCUUAUGCCCUGCGCAGUUAGUUCCCAAGAUGUCAUGUUUUGUAAUGUUAAAUAGUCUGUCUGGUUUGUCAGAAUGAGAAAGAAUGUUUUGAUGUAACAUGUAAAUUAAGUAUGUAUAUGAAAUUUUGUUUACAAAGAUAAUAAAAUGUUUGUGCAAGAAGAAAGGCAUGAUGUGAUGUAUGCUAAAAGUGUUCUGGAAAUCAUUCCAAAUGAAAGUAAUUCAUCAAAGGAUGAUAUUAUUUUCAAGAAUCAGUAAUACAGGUUUCUUGUAAAUUCAUUAACAAGUGCACUGAUAAAUAAAUGUGUGCUUUGAUAUUAUUGUGGAAUUACUUAAUAUUUCCCUGGUUUUGUAUGAUUUUCAAUACCAUACACUGUCACAGUCCCAAACAUAUCAAAUAUUCUUUAGUCAUCAUUUUUUUAAUGAUGCAUCACCAGGUAACCCCUUGGAUCUGGAUGACGUAACUGCCAUAUCCUGAAAAAAAUAGGCUAAGGGCUAUGUGCAUAAAUAUACUGUCAUUAAAAAUGUUGGCUGAGGGGGAAGGGUGAUGUGAAUAUACUGUGAAUUAUGAGAAUUUAGGCUAAAGGCUGGAGUGAUGGGCAUGACUCACCACAAUGCUCUAGGAGGGUGACUAGACUCAGUGGGCAUUAAGGAAGGGGUUCUUGUAUUUCCAUCGAUAAAUUAGUGUGGAAAGUAUCAUUACUUGCUUCAGGGAGGACACUAUUCCCAUGCUCAGGAUCCAAUUCUUGCGUGUUAUGAUGCUAGGUGUAUUACAGAAAAUUGAAUAUUGUGAAAAAAUAAAAUAAAUAAAAUAAGGUUACUUA